CGACGCCGAUGGCAUUAAACGAAAGAUGGUAGGCCACCUGCUUCACACCGCCAAUUCUCUCAUCUAUUUCCCCAAUGCCUAUUUCGUUACUUCCAAAGCACAACAAUAAUAACAAACUCUCUUUCUUUCUGUACAUUCUUCAGACAUAUUAAACUCCACCUUUUCUCCUCCCAACUUCAACUCCCCUCGUUCUCUUCUUCUUCCUUCUCCAAUGGCUCCUCCUCCUCCCGUUAAUCUCAAGCAAUCUUCCUCCUCCGCUGCUCAAACCUUGACCGCCACUACUGGCCAGGAAGCUCGCCUUCUCGUUCGCGAGACUCUUCGAAUUAGCGCCGGCUUAGCCUCUGCUCCACCCGAUGUGUCGCCUUCCUCUCUGCCUUUGGUUUCCGGCCACCAGGCGAAUCGGAAGCUCGGCUUGGUCGAGGACGAGUUCGUCGCCUCCAGUUUGAGAUUGAUUUGCUGUGAGGAACUCGAUGGCCGCCGAUGGCAGUACGUCGCAGAGAGUGAUCCAUCCGGUCGAAGCUUUAAGAAAGGAUCGUUCCGAGCCCUCACCUUGCAAACUCCGCAACUCCCAUUCGACGGUUUGGUAGCAUUUGUUAGAUCCUAUGUUGUUCCGGAGGGCUUCCCUGAUAGUGUAACCCCAUCCUACGUCCCCUAUAUGACAUGGAGAGCUUUGAAGCACUUCUUUGGGGGAGCAAUGGGUGUUUUUACAACUCAAACUCUUUUGAAUUCAGUUGGUGUCUCCAGAAAUAGGGCUACUCCUGGUGCUGUCGCUAUUAAUUGGAUUCUCAAGGAUGGUGCUGGUCGUGUUGGGAAAAUGCUUUUUGCUCGGCAGGGAAAGAAAUUUGAUUAUGAUCUAAAACAGCUGCGAUUUGCUGGUGAUCUUCUCAUGGAGUUGGGUGCUGGUGUGGAGUUGGCAACUGCAACUGUGCCUCACCUUUUUCUUCCUUUGGCGUGUGCAGCUAAUGUGGCAAAGAAUGUUGCUGCUGUGACAUCAACAUCAACUCGUACACCCAUUUACAAAGCCUUUGCUAAAGGAGAAAACAUUGGAGAUGUCACUGCUAAAGGAGAAUGUGUUGGGAAUAUCGCAGACCUGCUGGGAACUGGAAUGAGCAUUCUGAUUUCUAAAAGAAAUCCUUCGUUGGUGACUACAUUUGCUUUGCUGUCAUGUGGAUAUGUUCUCAGCUCUUACCAAGAGGUUAAAUCUGUUGUGUUGCAUACGUUGAACCGGGCAAGAUUUACUGUUGCUGUAGAGUCCUUCCUGAAGACAGGACGUGUACCUUCAUUAAAGGAGGGGAACAAGAAUGAAAACAUAUUUAGUUUCCCAUGGUUGAAAGAGAGCCAUGUAGUUCUUGGUCCAAGAUUUAAAGAUGCAUUCCAAGACCCAGGGGCAUAUCUUUCUGUAGAGCCUUUCUUUGAGAGGGAGAAAUAUAUUGUUACAUACAAUCCAUCAAAGGAUCAAGUAUAUGCGUUGCUAAAGGACCAAGCAAAGCCAGAUGACAUCCUGAAGGCAGCCUUUCAUGCUCAUGUACUUUCUCAUUUCAUACAUUCAUCAUUCCGGGGCCGGUCUAUGUCUCAAAAGAGGAAAGAUGGUAAUUCGAACACUAUGCCCACCACACCAGUUGAUCUAGAGGCUCAAAUUGUGGAGUCAUGUAGGAUAGUCUCGGCAUCAUAUGUGCUUUUCAAGCAUAAAGCUGCAGAGCAGGGUUGGACAAUGUCAGAAUCUUUACUUAAUCCAGGUCGUGCUCGUUUAUGUUAGAGUGAUUAACUGGGAAAGAGACGCUGAGGCUGCUGUUCUAUACUCGGUUGAAUGCGAUUUGAUGGGUGGGAAUUUUUUUGAUAAGGAGUACCUGCACCAGAUCAAUGGGAUUAUGAGAACCAUGUCUCCUAUGAAGCCAAUGAGCUAUCUCUCCUCUUCGUUUGCUCUUUGUUCAGUUGAACAUGGAUGGAGACCGCAUGUUAUAAUGUUAGUAUAGAAAUAGCUUAAUUGUAGAUAGCACGUGUUAGUGCAUAUAUAGCAACUUCUUUCUUUUCUUGCUAGGAGGUUUUCAAUUCUCAUUUUGUUUCGAGUUUUCCGGGCUUUUUUCUUUUAUAUAUAUAUAUAUAUAUAUAUUCUUUUCUACGUCACAGCAAAAACAUUAUAUAUAUUGUAUUAUACAUAGAAAUCAGUUUUCAAGUCAAUGAGUUUCUUUAUCCUUAUUCCUCAUUAACGCGGAGUUGUAACUUAUUCCAACAUUAGGGAGCUCAAUUAUGAGCCUUGGAACUCCAAAAGCAGCAAAUAAUUUUUUUUUGGAUCAAACUGUUCAUUUCUGCAGCUGUAAAAGAGCACGCAUGCGUGUCAUAAUUUUUUUUCUUUCAUUUUCUUCUUUAUGGGUCUUUGUUCUGAAGAGUUGUGUAUGGUUAGGUCAAGGUCGUUCCCCCUAUUACCUCUUGUGGCAUAGAACAGUCAUGGUCUACUGUUUGUUGUCAGCUGUCUCUGACAUGUCUACUUUGUCCUGUAUAUUUUUUUGCGAAGCAACUUUGUGUUGUAUAUAGUGACUGAUAUUUUUGCCUCAAGUAAAUAGUGUGUUUGAUUGCUAUCA